AUUAUCUCGCAACUUCCUCCUCCACGCAACUGUGUCAGUUGAGAAGGGGCAUGUCGUUACCUGAAGUGAACUUAUCAAAACACACAUAGGCUACCAGACACACAGCGAUAUGUUGUCUUUGAAGCUAACACUUUGAAACAUGGGUGAUUCUUGCGCCAUCAGGCCCUCCGCCCUCCGCAGAAGGGCUACUUUCUCUGGGGUACGAAGCCUGACUGAGCAGCCGGCCAGCGACGGGUCUGCCACGGCGUGCAGUUCAGCGCUGACUGCGAGCAGCAGUAGAGAACCAGGCCAGCACAAUGGCUUGCAUACAACUCACUCCAAAUCAAAACACGAAAAGGUGGAAAAACGAAAACGAAGGAAUGACCACAGUGGCAGAUUGAGUUGUCACCAGCACCAGCAGUCCUUGCUGAGCUCGUCCAGUGGAUUCAGUAAUUAUCGCGGAAUCCUUAACUGGUGUGUGGUCAUGCUGGUCCUCAGCAACUCCCGCCUCUUCCUAGAAAACCUCUUAAAGUAUGGCAUCCUGGUGGACCCCAUUCAGGUGUUGUCCUUGUUUGUGAAGGACCCGUACAGUUGGCCCGCGGCCUGCCUAGUCAUCGUUUCCAAUGUAUUUAUACUGGCUGCACUCUACACAGAGAGACAACUGUCAAAGGGAUCCCUCAGUGAACAAGUGGGGCUUCUUGUCCACUCGGUCAACCUUUCAAUCAUCCUUUGCUUCCCUGCUGUUGUCGUCCUAUUGGUUCCCUCCAUAUCCCCAGUUGGCGGUGUGUUUGCGUUGGGAACCUACACCAUCCUCCUCCUGAAGCUGUACUCCUAUAAAGACGUCAACAGGUGGUGCAGAGAGCUGAGCAGCAUCAAGGUCAAGACACUGUCCAGAUCCAACUCCUGUCCCUCAGCCCCAACCGUGAUUGGCGGAGACCAGAUAGUCUGUUACCCCGGCAACCUGACCAUCAGAGAUCUGUACUACUUUGUGUUUGCUCCCACUCUGUGCUAUGAGCUCAACUUCCCUCGCUCGCCCAAGAUCCGCGUGAGUUUCCUGCUGAGGAGGCUGCUGGAGAUGCUCUUCCUCACCCAGAUGCUCGUUGCUCUGACUCAGCAGUGGAUGGUUCCAAUCAUCCAGAGCUCCAUGAAACCCCUGGAGGAGAUGGAUCUUUCCAGAAUGAUGGAGAGACUUCUGAGGCUGGCUGUUCCAAACCACUUGUUGUGGCUGAUGUUUUUCUACUGGUUCUUCCAUUCAUCGCUGAACUUCACCGCUGAGCUGCUGCGCUUCGGAGACAGGCAGUUUUACAAGGACUGGUGGAACGCUGAGACGGUGACAUACUUCUGGCAGAACUGGAACAUCCCUGUCCACAAGUGGUGUCUUCGACACUUCUAUUGUCCGCUGCUGAGGAAAGGCUUCAGCAAGAUGGUCAGCCAGUCAGCUGUCUUCUUCCUCUCUGCUUUCUUCCAUGAGUACCUGAUGAGUGUUCCUCUGAGGAUGUUCAGACUCUGGGCGUUCAUGGGAAUGAUGGCUCAGCUCCCAUUGGCUUGGCUCGUCACUCGCUUUCUGCGUGGUAACUAUGGAAACGCGGCAGUGUGGAUCUCACUCAUCAUUGGUCAACCCAUUGCAGUCCUGAUGUACGUCCAUGACUACUAUGUCUUACACAACGGACAAGAGAUUCACUGACCACACACACUCCAACACUCCCAUCCUUUUUACAGCUAACAAGACUCUGAAUAGGAAUGUUGAUAACUAAUGAUUUUCUACAACCUAAUGAAUGUCAAAUAUACAUGAAUGUAUAUUUGACAAAGCAAUACAAUCUAUGCCAUGUAUCAUGAAAGAGCAUUAUAAUGGUGAACUACUUCACUCCUUUACUCAGGUUUUAAAAUGUUUGACUAGAAGGGGAUUGGAUUACGUUUUUCAGUCAAUAAAUAUGUUCUCCGCCAUUUAACUGAUA